CGCAUCCGGCCCUCAUAAGCCCACCUCUUCCACUCUCCGUCUUCCUCUCCUCUCCUUCCCAUUUCCCCUUUCACACUUGAUCCCAGAUCACCAAACCUCAGAUCUAUUCUCCAAUGGCUGCCGCCCCCUCGCUUCGUGAGGAAAAUGUUUACAUGGCGAAGCUUGCCGAGCAGGCCGAGCGCUACGAAGAGAUGGUCGAGUUUAUGGAGAAGGUUUCCGCUUCCAUCGACAAAGAGGAGCUCACCGUUGAGGAGAGAAAUCUCCUUUCCGUCGCCUACAAGAACGUCAUCGGUGCUCGCAGGGCUUCCUGGCGAAUCAUUUCCUCCAUCGAGCAGAAGGAGGAGAGCCGAGGCAACGACGACCAUGUCUCUGUGAUCCGUGACUACAGAUCCAAAAUUGAGACCGAGCUCUCCAAUAUCUGUGAUGGAAUCCUCAAACUCCUCGAUUCCAGACUCAUUCCCUCUGCCGCCUCCGGAGAUUCCAAGGUCUUUUACCUCAAAAUGAAGGGCGAUUACCACAGAUACCUCGCUGAAUUCAAGACCGGAGCCGAAAGGAAGGAGGCCGCCGAAAGUACCCUCACUGCUUACAAAGCCGCUCAGGAUAUUGCAAAUGCUGAGUUACCUCCUACACAUCCGAUCCGACUUGGAUUGGCCCUUAACUUCUCUGUAUUCUACUAUGAAAUUUUGAAUUCACCUGACCGUGCCUGCAAUCUUGCAAAACAGGCCUUUGAUGAAGCUAUCGCUGAGUUAGAUACCCUUGGCGAGGAAUCCUACAAAGAUAGUACUUUGAUUAUGCAACUUCUUCGCGAUAACCUCACCCUCUGGACCUCCGAUAUGCAGGAUGACGGUGCCGAUGAGAUUAAAGAAGCUCCUCCGAAGCGCGAGGAUGAAAAGCAGUGAGAUUAGUGGCUCCCCAAGUAGGGUUAAACUUCUCCUUUAUAUGUUUUUGAUAGGAGAAGAUGCUUGCUUGUUGUUGCUUAUUUGGUACUCUCCCGAGUUCUAAGGCUCUCAUGUCAUUUGUUGCCGGAUUGUGACCCGAGCUACAAAACCUUGUUUACCUUUUCUCAUUAAUUAUUAUAUAUCCUAAAUCAGUCUUUGUUUUCUUCUCA